AUGGACUUGUCAGUUGAAAUUGCGGACCCAGGAUCUCCCGAUCUCACAGUCCACUGUCACGUAGAGGGCAGCCUCAUCUUGCUGGAGAUCCCCAUUCUGCAGCAAAAUCAGAUGAUGCUUGGGGGAUCUUUACCUUUUCAAGGCAUGCAUCAUGUGGAAGCUUGGGCGAUUGCCCGAAGUUUGGACAUCCGAGAGGGCGAAAUGGUCCUGGACCCCAUGUGUGGUCAAGGCACCCUCUUGGCUGAAGCAGCGAUUUGGUGGCCCAAUGCCACCUUUGUGGGGUGUGAUGUGAAUAGCAGCCAACUCGCACGCUGCAACAACAAUUUCAAGGCACUGUCGCAAGUGGUAUCUUUAAAUCAGGUGGAUGCCACUGAGUAUGGAGGGAUUCCACUCCGGGACGGGUCUGUUGAGAAGAUCAUGGUGGCUCCUCCAUGGAAUAGGCAGUUUGCCAUCCGUGGAAAGCCGCAGGAAUUCUACGAAAACAUGUUUCGGGAAUUGUUUCGAGUUGUUUCGGACACAGGCAGAAUUGUAUUGUUUGUCAGCAGGCGUGUGCUUCAAAGGGUCAAAGAUGCCCUUGAAGCAGUUGACACCUGCUGGAGCCUUGUGGAGGAGCGGAGCUUCACAGUAACCCGCAAGACUGUCGGCAUUAUCCUCAGCUUGGAAGCUGUGCAGUCUGCAGGUGUCAGGGAUCCAACAGAUCGCUUGUUUUGGGAAAGGGAUGCGCCCUCAGACGGCCGUGAUUUAUAUGAGUAUUGGCGGGAAGAGCGUGCUCGUGGCUUUCCAAGACUUAAUCCAGUUGUCAGUUGA